AAAAAUAGCAGUAAACCUAUCCUCGCGAACAGCUGUCGAGCCGACGUCUCUCCACGGUUCACUGUGGUGUGAAGCGGCCAGUGGGUAGUGCAGACGUAAUGGGUACAUAAAGCGACAGCCGUACACACUACACAUAGCGAUAGAAAGAAAUGGAUGAUGGCGAAAAAAAUAACACCAGACAAAGGAAAGGACCGAGUACCCCGGCUCCACAUUCAACAGUCACGUGAUUACAAAACACUGUCGACACCACACCUAUAGAUGUACGCCGUCACCUGGGAGCCUGCGCUCUUCUGUUCCGGUACUUCUGAGGAUACCUUAUGCUUUCCACCAUUUUAUUCUUAUCUACGAGCGACGUAAAGAUUAAAAAUAAUAAAAUUAUCGAAAUGCAUGACGACUACAUACUAGCAUAGGAUAUUCUAUGGGCAUAGGUAAGUCGUAAACAUUAAAACACAAUUAUUGAUAUAUGAAAUAGGACAUAGAUAGGUUCUAUACUUCUAUCAAUUCAUUCAAUUGACAAAUUACAAUUACGAUUGCAUAGGUAUUAGACGUACUUCAAUUUUCUGUUUUAUAUAUUUUCACAGGUAAGACAUCAACAAAAAUAAUAUUAUUUAUAUAACAUACCUAUGAAGAAGGAGGAAUAAUAUUAUUACAAGAUUUACAAGCAAAACAAUCAAUUGUGAUUUAUUUUAAUAACAUACAAUAAUGGCUCAUCACUUCAAGGAAGAAGACAUUGAUGAAUUCAGAGAAUGUUUUUAUCUAUUUGCUAGAGAAGGGGUGAUUAAUAAACUAGAUGAACUCAGUGUAAUUAUGCGAUCUCUAGGAAUGAGUCCCACAAUAACUGAAUUAAAGAAAUACUUUUCAGAAAACAAUGGUAAAUUACAUUUUCCAGAAUUUCUGAAAGUAAUGCACAAUCAUUGUCGUGUAGAAAAACUACCUAAUGAAAUUUUAGCAGCUUUUAAAGCUAAUGAUCGUCAGCACAGUGGAACUAUUCAUAGUAAACAUCUCAAACAUCUAUUGCAAGGUUGGGGAGAACAUUUAAAUAGCAAAGAAGUUGAACAAAUUUUUCGAGAAGCCAAUGUCCAUCCAAAUGGCAAAGUUAACUAUGAUGAAUUUGUAAAAAUUGCUUGUGCACCAAUUCCUGAUUAUUACUAAUUAUCACAUUUGUAAAUGUUUAUUUAUUUAUUUAGUCUUAAGAAUUGAUGUAUCCCUCCCGUUGUGGAAUGUCAUCCAUGGGCGUCACUAGAUUCAAAAAUCUGGGGUUGCAUAAAAAAUAUCUACAGAAAAUUUGUAUUCCGUUUAUUUUUUGAAAGUGAAAAUAAUUUGUCGCUCACUAAUACACGGAAUUCUUCCACAGCUCUUAAUAUUUUAAUGCAGCUAAUUUCAUGCCACUGCAAUAUUGUGAAUAUUUAAACUCAAUUUUUUUGUUUUAAAAAUACAAUUUUUUCACAGUAUAAUUAUUGUUUUGAAUAUAAUACCAACAAUUUUACCAUGAUAUUUUAGUAUGUAACAAGUCAUAACUUACAACAAGAAAACUAUUAAUUUUUAUUAAGAUUUGAGCAAUAAAUAUUCAGUAUAAUUGAUGCAUUUUUAAAAUUCAGAUAUAUUUUUUGGCGUUAUUAAACCAAUACUGUUGCUUUCACAAAAAAAAAUGUAUUGGGUAGAAAAAGUAUCCCUUGUGACGCCUACGAUGCCAUCCCUAAUAUUUUUCUAUUCACAUACAGUAAAAAUUGGUUAUAACGAGUUUCGAGGGCCAGCUAGUUUUUCUCGUUGUAAUCAUAUAUACAUUAUAACGAGAGUUUGUUGUAACCAUUCAAUCAUCACAGUAACUGGCUCGAAGUUAGUACAUAAUUCUGUAUUAAUUGCUGAUGGCUCACCUAAGAUUUUUCAAAUACCUAUGUUAUGUUUCAAAAUUAAAGAUACAAUUUAUGCAUUAAUAAAUAAGAUAUAACUAGCAGGUUGACCUAAAUGUUUAUAUACUAGGAAAAAUAUAACGAAUGGCUCGUAAUAACCGAACAUUUAUCUUGUAAUUCUAUGUAUUUUACUCGUAAUAACCAUACUUGUUGUAAACAUAUAUUUUAACAUACAAUCAUAUGGAAUCGUGCCAGGACCUAACCUUUUUGCUUGUUUUAAGCAGUACCUCGCUCUAAAUGAUGCUCGUUAUAGUGAUUUCUACUGUAUUUGUAAUAUACUUGGAUUUACUCUGCCGAGUAUUAAAAAUGUAGACAUUUGACCAUGUUUUAUGUGAAACUCUUUGUAUUUGAAUAUUAUUUAUUAAUUGUUACUAAUUUAGAAUUGUAUACAACAUUAUACCAAUUUUUAAGCAAAGGAUCUUAUGAAAAUGCACAAAGCACAUGUAUGAUUUUUGGUUUAUUUAAAAAUAAGUAAAAAAUAUAUAACUUCACUAUAAUAUGCUUUA